CCCACAGACAAACCCAAUUUUCAGAAUUUCUGUCUUUGCAACUCUACAGAUGGCAUCUUCUUCCCAAACCCCAUUGGAAAAUUUCCACGAUUUCUUGCCUCUGAUGGCGAACAAGCUCGGUGGCGACGGCCUGAUGGGAGAGCUGUGCAAUGGGUUCAACUUGCUGGUGGAUGGCGAGAAGGGGGUCAUCACAUUUGACAGUCUCAAGAGGAACUCUGCUCUUCUGGGUUUGCAGGAUUUAACCGACGAUGACCUCCGGUGCAUGUUGAAAGAAGGAGACUUUGACGGCGAUGGGACGCUUAAUCAGAUGGAAUUUUGCGUCUUGAUGUUCCGGUUGAGUCCUGAGUUGAUGGAGGCGUCCCGGUUUGUGUUGGAAGAAGCUCUUGAACAUGAACUCAAGGAUUGUUACUAUUGAACAUUCAAUUUUUCUCCAUUUGAUCCCAAUUUUUUGUGUUUUUUAUGAAUGUAAUGAAAUUGGUGGAAUAUACAGAAAGAUUCAAUUUAGACUGAAUUAUCUUCUUCAUACUGUUCCAUUCUGGUUUUUCUUCAUUCAAUUCUGAAGAAGCAAUCUCUGUUGGAACCUAGAAAUAGAUGAGUUCCCAAUUCCAAGAAAAUUGGAGAUAUGCACUGAAUGAAUGUAAUAAUUUUCU